CUCUGUUCAAGUGCCAGUGGCAAAAUGCCGACAUUAGGUGGAUAGCGAAGUUGUCUGAGAUUACAGUCCACCUAGCGCCCAAAUGGCCUAUUCAGCUACGGUAUCCAGAGCAAAUAGCCAGAGAAACCCAUUCAUGACAUUUCAUCUCACCGCAAAUGGCAAGUUGUCUUGUAUCGUCGCCCUAUCUCUGCUACUCGUUACUCAUAUUUUAUUCAGUUAUUUACAAAUACUCAUAAAUAACUUGAAUAACUUGAAUAACUUGAAUAAUUCACGCAUCCGGUCCGUAAACAGCGCUCUGAGGCCAUGAGGCGGAACGACCGAGAGAGUUUGCCCCUUCAACUAAGAGGGCCUGCUCCCUACGCUUGUCUUCGGGUUUC